AAAUUUUCCGGUUUUUCUUGGCUUAAUGCAUACAGGAAAAUGUAAAGAAGUGUGAAACAGGCUGCUCUUAUUCUGUUACUUCUGUGUUAUAAAGCGGAGUCCAGAUGAUGUGUUGACUUUGGAUCGAUGUGUGUGAACUUUUUCGGCAAUUAACCUUCUAGUAUAUAUAGUGACCCAAUGUUCGACAGGCCAUCAACUUGACCGGUAGAUAGCAGCAUACACUUUCAGCGUAUAUAUACAUAAGGUGGCUCUCUAUACUUAGGUUUUAUCGAACGAAGAGAAUGUCGGAUACCUGAAAGAUGGAUUUUUAUGGACAGCCAUAUUUCCUUGCUUAAUUAUUCAUUUACAUGUGGUGACGUAUCUUGGAUGACGUAGAUGACCACGUAUGAGCUUUCGCACGCGCCUCCGACUUACAUCUGCGGUUGUCGUCUGCCUGGCUUUUACUUAUAUUGUGCUGUUUAAUGCCUUGGCGUUGUACAGUCUGACCAAAUCCACGUACACACCAUCAUCUGCAGCUGUCCACCGAGCCCAUAUUUACCUUGCUUAUCUGGGUUUUAAAUCUUGGAAAUGUAAGACUCCACAUUUCUCCAAACAGUCUUUACCUCUGACUGCUUUAGUGAGUUUCCCAGGAUCUGGAAAUACAUGGAUCCGCCACAUACUACAGCAAGCUACAGGCAUUAACACCGGAAGUGUUUACAGAGAUUAUAUUCUGAAGAUUUUGGGAUUUCCCGGAGAGGGCGUGCAGAACUCAUCGGUGCUGGUCAUUAAGACACAUGAAUGGGGUGUAAAUGAGAGGAAGAAAUAUAAAAGGGCCAUUUUAGUCCUCCGAAAUCCUAAAGAUUCCCUGCUGGCGGAAUUUAAUAGAAAAAAUGGAGGCCACAUUGGUCAUGCAAAGAAAGAAGACUUCAAACAAAAAUGGAUACCUUACUUCAAUGAUUCGGCGAGGUACUGGUUGUAUAUGACCAAGGACUGGCUAAACUUUACCGGAGAUUUACACAUCCUGAGAUACGAACGGCUCAAAACUGACCCUAUCAACGUAAUCAAAAGUUUACUUAACUUUCUACAAAUACACAUAUCAGAAAAGAAAUUGAUGUGCGUUUAUCAAAAUAUGAAUGGACGGUUUAAACGACCUUGGAAGAAUGUGACAGAUUAUGACCCAUAUUCCUCCGAAAUGAGGAGUGUCUUAGUGCAAUAUGAACAACAAAUUAAUGAAUUGAUUGACCAUCGAUACAGAUCUUCAUUUAGAAUUAGAAAUUCAACAUAAGUUUUUUUUUUAUUUAUUUUUAUUGUACAUUGUAUUUUUUUUUUGUAUGCAAACUUACAUAUACAUUAUAUAUGUUUAUAAAAGGAAUAAAAGUAUGUAUUUUUAA